AUGUGGAUGCAGAGACCAGCUAUAGUCAACUGUCCUCCUGGCCUUGAGUAUCUAACUCAAGUCGAUCAAUUACUGGUUAAACAGUCCAAGGAGAUUUUGGAAACGUUACUGUCUUUUGAAACGCAAAACCGAUAUACAUGUUUUAACGUUUUGGGACAACCCGUGUAUCGAUGUUUUGAAGAAUCUGGCUUUUGUACACGUGCAUUUUGCGGUUCAUCGAGACCCUUCUUUUUGCAUAUUAUUGAUGGCAAUAAUUCUGAAGUUAUUCGUGCAGGUCGACCUUUUCGAUGUAACUGCUUCCCAUGUUGUUCCUGCUGUGAUUGCUGUUUAGACGUGAUGGAAGUUGAGUCUCCUGUUGGUAAUAUAAUAGGCUGUGUGAAACAAGUGCCUAGUGGCUGUUAUCGUAAUUAUCAUAUUUUGGAUAGCAAUCAUAGCACUGUUCUUCAAAUUCGUGGUCCACCGUAUUGUUUGUGUAAUUGUAUUGGACAGGACAUUAAUUUUAAGGUAUCUUUUAGUGAUAGUAAUGUUUGUGUUUGAGAUCUGUUUUUAGUGAGAUAUUUUUAUUUAUCAAAGUUGCAUAAACCAGUAUGAAGGUAAAUGCACAAUUUCAGAAAUUAGUCAUUUAGUAUAAGUAGUGAAUAUUGGUUUUUCAUCAUUUACUGGUCACUCAGAAAUUUGUCAUGAUAUCCCUUUCAGUAUGAUUCUGGUUUGAUUUUUGUUGCAGAAAUGAUUUGACACUUAUGUGAUAUGACAUUAGUUAUUUCAACUUAAAUUGUUAUGCUGUUUUUAACAUCUUACUACGACUUUCAUCUACGUGUAUAAACACUUUCUGUUGACAGGUUUUUGAGGUUCCCUUAUUAUUUGAAAGUACAGGUGAAACAUCAAUUUAGCAUGACAUGAUUAGAAACACUUUCUUUGGUGACUUCCAAUUGAUCGUAUAGAGUUUUAUGAGUUUUACUGUAGCUUAUUUGGUUGAAUAAGCUGUUUUACGUAAUUGAUACUUUCAUGGAUCAUACCAAGAUUUAAUGAGAAAUAAGUUGAGUUUCAUCCGUUUAAAAGCUUUAAAAUGUAAGUGAUUCAAAUAACUUUAGAUUUCGUUUGUGUGAAACAGUGAUGAAUUUUUUUUAGGUAGAAACGGAAAGUACUGCUAUAAGAAAUUGAGUAAUGUUUGCAAUUGUUCUCACGCAAUAUUUUUCAUCUGCUGCAAGUCACUUCUGCUGAUGGUGGUAUAGAAAUUGGUCAGAUCACCAAAAAGUGGACAAAUAUUAUCCAAGAAUUGUAUACUGAUGCAGAUAAUUUCGGCGUUUCAUUUCCAAUGGACUUGGAUGUCAGAAUGAAAGCUGUUGUUCUUGCUGCUGUUUUCUUAAUUGAUUUUAUGUAUUUCGAAAAUUCGCCAAGACACCAAUAAAAUGCCAAGAAAUCGGGAACUGUUUAUUUUAUGUCAUACAGAUUUGUAUUUCAGUUUCUUUUUUAUCAACCUCUAUCUGCUUAUACGUGAAAAGUAUUUAGGGGAAGUUUUUUUUUAGCGUAUCUCUUGUCUGUAAAACACCCAGUGCAUCAUAUUUUUUUGUUUCAGCAAUACAUAUCUGGCUUACUUUUUAAAUUUUUUGUUAUGCCUUCUGUUUUGAAGCUAUUUUUUGAUAUUUAUUUUCCUGUUAAUUGUACUCAGAAUCCUUCAAUCCCUAAUUCACUUUUCUGUGCAUAUGCAAUUUCUACCAUAUCUCUAUUAAAUCAGAGCAACAACGUCAUAUAAUUUUGUUCAUAUACCGUUUUUUAUAAUUUGAACGAAAUAUCUGCAAAAUCGGCAGGACUGCAUGUUUCUUUCACUUGGACAUUUAGAUAUUUGACUCUGUCGAUUGUAAAUCCCGUUUCAGAAAUACGAAUUGUUUGUUUUUUUGAUCUCGUAACAUUUAUUAAGCUAACCGUGUCUCAUUUUAUAUUUUAGUCUUAACCAUUAUCAUUGUUUAUCAUCAGAAAAUGUAUGGAAUGAUUGAUUUACGUUGGUGAAUGGGUUUUUCUUCUGUACUUGUUGAUUAACAUAUCGUUACCAUUAACUUUUGUACUACUCCUUUUUCAUCAACUCUCCUUGCAAACUAUUUCUACAGCGAAAAAAACAAAUAAAUAGAAACACAGUUUCUAAUAUGUAUAUGUGAUACAACGCAUAGGUUCGAUUUAUUUGUUUACUCUUCUGUGAUAAAUUGACUUAGGUCCUAGCGGUAUAUAUCUUUUUCUUUUCAUGAUAUGCAGAAUCAACGAAGUUUCGAAAAAUAUGUCAUUUUGAAUAUGUUUAAAUUCUGUGUUGCUAUUCAUUGUGAUAAUUGAGAAAUGUUAAACCUUACAAAUUCUGUUUAAUCCGAAUGAUAAGUGUAGAAGAGUGAAUAAAUAUCUUUUGCUUG